UUACUGCGAGUCUGAGUCACUGUGGUCGUCUGCGCUGCAGCAGGGGAGCUGCAAAACCAAAAGCCGCGGGUAGGGCUUCCCUACGGGGACAGCCACGGUGCAGCGCGGGACCGGAGGAAGAACCGCUCCGCUUGCCUCGGCUGUCUCCGCGCCCUUGGAAGAAGGAGGGGAAACUUUUCUCCGAAGAGUUAUGAAGUCUGAAGAAGACCCUGAAGAUGGAGAAAACGUCCUGGGGGAACCAAGCUAAGUGAAGGAUGGAGCAGAAUGAAUGUCGGGCAGCAGCUAUAGCCGGUGUCCUCCAGCAGCCUGCUUUGAACUCCGUCUGGGCGCUUGCUUUGUGAGCUUCAGCAAUUUUAAACUGAAUGCAAGAUAAAUUAUUUGCUGCUGGCAGCAAAUUCUAGGAUGAGCUGUUGGUUUUCCUGUGCUGCAAAAAACACACUGAAUACAGACUGGAACAAAUAUGAUGAUCGGUUGAUGAAAGCAGCUGAAAGGGGAGAUGUGGAGAAAGUGUCGUCGAUCCUUGCAAAAAAGGGAGUCAAUCCCACUAAACUGGAUGUGGAAGGGAGGUCUGCGUUUCAUGUUGUAGCAUCAAAGGGAAAUCUAGACUGCUUGAAUACCAUUCUUCUACACGGGGUUGAUAUCAAAGCCACUGAUGCUGCAGGGAGAAACGCAUUGCAUCUAGCUGCGAAAUAUGGACAUGCUCUUUGUUUGCAGAAGCUCUUACAGUUCAAUUGUCCAACUGAAAAUGUGGAUUUGCAGGGCAGGACUGCUCUUCACGAUGCAGCGAUGUCGGACUGUUCCUCUGGCAUACAGCUACUUUGUGAUCAUGGAGCUGCGGUGAAUGCCAAAGACGGGGAUGGGAGGACACCACUGGUGCUGGCCACUCAGAUGUGUCGUCCAAGCAUAUGUCAGAGUCUGCUGGAUAGGGGAGCUGACCUCAACGCCAGAGACAAACAGAACAGGACUGCUCUAAUGUUAGGCUGUGAAUAUGGCUGCAGGGAUGCAGUAGAAGUUUUGCUCAGAAACGGUGCGGAUGUUAGUUUGGUUGAUGCCCUUGGUCAUGACUGUACUUACUAUGCCAGAAUUGGUGACAAUGUUGACAUUUUGGCCCUACUAAAGACUGCCAUUGAGGACUCCAACAAAGUGAGGGACCUCACGAAAAAAGGGCAGCCUGAACAGAAGGUCGCUGGCACGCCGCAGAAAUGGAACCAGCAGCAGGCGCAGGAUGAAGUGAACUUCCGGCCGUAUCGGAGGGAACACCUGACUAUGCAGGAACUGGAGACAGAAAAUAAUGAUUUGAAAGACCGAUUGAGAGAAGUUCAGCAGGAACAGCGAAUGCUACUAGACAGAAUCAGUGGACUUCAGCUACAGCUGAAUGAGGAGCAAAUGGUUGCUGAUGAUCUUGAAAAUGAGAAAGAUGAGCUGAGGAGACUUCUGACAGCCAAGGAAAACCAGCAGGAGGAGAGCCUAAGAACUAUUGAAACUCUGAAAUCUAAGCUUAAGUACUAUGAGGGUGACUACAUGGGGUCUGGAAGCAAUUUUGGCAACAGGAAGGAAGAUAUGCUGCAUAAACAGGGUCAAGUAUUUGCUGCAGAAUCACAGACGAGGUCUAUGCUGAGGCCACUGGAGCUUUCUCUCCCCAACCAAUCCUUCACAUCUGAGAACGAAAUUCUAAGAAGAGAGCUCGACAACUUGAGAGCUGCCUAUGGUGCCGCAAAAGAAGAAACGAGCAGACUUCAGCGAGAGCUGUCUCAUAAGGCAGCUGAAUGCAAAGCGUUGACACUGGAAUACGAGAGAACCAAAGUGGAAUCGGACGGGCAGAUAAAGCAGUUGGAGGAUGCUCUGAAAGACGUGCAGAAGCGAAUGUUCGACUCGGAAGGCAAAGUCAAGCAAAUGCAAACCCACUUCCUUGUGCUGAAGGAUCACUUGACUAACGAAGCCGCUACAGGGAACAGUAAGCUAGUAGAAGAGCUGAAGGAUCAGGUGAAAGACAUGAAAGCAAAAUAUGAAGGAGCCUCCGCAGAAGUAGGCAAGCUAAGGAACCAGAUCAAGCAGAACGAGCUGCUGGUUGCAGAGUUCAGGCGAGAUGAAGGGAGGCUGGUGGAGGAAAACAAGAGGUUGCAGAAGGAGCUUGGUAAGUUUGAGAUGGAGCGAGAGAAGAGAGCCAGGAACGUCCUGGAGGCCGAAGGGCAGCUCAAAGACAUGGCUGCGAAGCUAGCCCUCUCCGUGCCUGCUGAGAAGUUCGAGGCGAUGAAGAGUUCGUUAUCAAACGAAGUGAACGAGAAGGCGAAGAAGUUAGCAGAGAUGGAAGGAGAGAAUGGAAAGCUGCAGGCAGAGUUUUGGCUUUUAAAGAGAGACCUUGAGAGUCAGAAAGUGAAAUUGGUUCAGCAUGUGAAGCCGGAGGAACACGAACAAAUGAGGCGCAGACUUGAGCAAAAAAACGAGGAACUUGGGAAGACCGUUUCCGAAGCGAUGUCAAAGAACCAGUCUCUGCAGAAGGAAAUGGAGAGGGUUCAUGUGGACAACAAGCUGCUGAAGCAGCAACUACAAGCACUAAAAACGGAGAUUAAAAGCCAAUACGUGCCAUUAAAACUGAUGGAAGAGGUGAAGAGAGCCAACGAAGUGACUGUGGGUGAUCUGACCAAGAAACUUUCUGAAGUCACGCAGAAGUACAGCGAGAACAAAGCAGAAGCGGAGAAGUUGCUGGCAGAAAAGACCAGCUUAAGUCAGAACGUAAGUCACUUCCGGGCUGUGUACCUGUCCCCAGAACAACACGAGAAAGAAAUGGCAGCCUUGAAAUCCAGCCUAGCUGAAGUGAAGAGGCAGCUUGCCGAGGCUGUUCACAAAUGUGACAGCGAGCGAGCAAAAGCGUGCAAGCUGGCAUUGGAAAACACCGCUCUGAAAGAUGCCAUGAGGGAUCAGUACGUACCAGUCGCAACACAUGAAGAGAUUAAAACAAUCCUGAACAGCACGUUGGAAAAGACGAACAAGGACCUGUCAGAUCUCAAGGGAAAAACCGAAGAGAUAAAGCAAGAAUUCGUGAGAGUCAAUGAAGAGAAUGGAACUUUGAAAAACAAGAUGAAGCUCCUGCAAACCCAAAUCCAGACAGAGUACAUCAGUGGAAAAGAUCACGAGCGUCAGGUGUCGGGCUUGAACAAAAGCCUGCUCGAGCUUCAGGAAAGCAACGCUGAGCUGAUGGCUAAGUAUCAGAGAGGCCAAGAGGAGAUCUUGCAGUUGCAUGCAGAAAUUGAAGCCCAGAAGAGAGAGCUCGACACAAUCCAAGAAUGCAUCAAGUCCAAAUAUGCUCCGCUCUCCUAUUUUGAGGAGAAAGAGCAAAACUUUGAAGCUGUGGUGAAAGAGCUAAAAGAGCAGUUGCUAGACCAGACGCAGAAGCGCCAAGAACAUGAGGAGGAGACCCGGAGGUGUAAAGAGGAGAAUGAAAAGCUAAGGAGUAAGUUUUUGUCCGUACAAAAUGACCUGCAACAGAACUAUGUUCUGGCUGAGAAAUCCCAUGAAAUGGAAAAAAUGUUCACUGCUAAAAUGGAAGAGCUGAGCAAGCAGCUGAGAGACUUGCUGCAAAAAUACACCGAUGUAAAGCAGGAGAAGGACAAGCUGCAAGAGGAGAGCGCGAAGCAGAUCUCGGAAGCCCGUGCCAUGCAAAGUCGUCUACAGGGCCAGUACGUGCCAGUGAAGGAGUUUGAAGGCUUGAAGGAGAGUCUGGGUCGCGCAGUUGAGGAUCUGAAAGAAGACCUCGGUAGAAAGAAGGCAAGUUAUGACAGAGAGGUGCAAAAAGUAGCCGAACUGCAGCAGGAGGUAGCAGAUCUAAAGAAUUCCUCGAUACCUUUGGCAGACCACGCGCAAGUGAAGGAAGCGUUGGAGCGAGAAAUCUUAGCAAUCAAAAUGACUUUGAAAGAAAAGGAGGGGGAGAACCAAGGAAAAAGCGAGGAACUCUUGAAACUCCGGUUGGAGAUCCAGAGUGCUAAGCAAGCCUUAACAGACCUCGAGAGCAAAGAAGUAGUUGAUAUGUCGGAGUAUAAAUCCAUGAGAAGUGCUCUAGAGACCCAGAUUGCCAACGUGACUGAGAACUUGGCCAGCUUGACUAAGAAAUAUGAGGAAGCAUGCGAAGAAGCCUUGCAAGCCAAGAAGAGUGAGCUGUCUUUGAAAGAUGAAAAAGAAUUGCUUCAAUCCCGGAGUUCCAGCAUAGAGCAAGAAAUCAAAGACCAGAAAGAGAGAUGCGAUAAGUCUUUGACGACCAUUAUUGACUUGCAGAAGAGAAUACAGGAGUCUGCAAAGCAAGUGGAAGCAAAAGAUAACAAGAUAACGGAGCUGCUAAAUGAUGUGGAGCGGCUGAAGCAGGCUCUGAACGGCCUGUCUCAGCUCACGUACACCAGCGGAGUUUCUUCAAAGAGGCAGAACCAGCAGGUUGAGACGCUCCAGCACCAAGUGAAAACCCUGCAGCAGCAGCUGGCUGAUGCUAAAAGACAGCACCAAGAGGUGAUUGCAGUUUAUCGGACCCAUCUUCUCAGUGCUGUGCAGGGUCACAUGGAUGAAGACGUCCAAGCCGCGUUGCUUCAGAUCAUCCGCAUGAGACAGGGGCUUGUAUGCUAGUGUGCUCAGUGCUGCACCUCUGCAACGCCCAGCUGCUGCAUCCAGGGAGAGCGCUGUGAUUACCGGAGUGUUAACCUUCGCGAGCUUUAUCUGAUUGUGAUGUUCUUAACUGUAAAAAACCCCCCCAAAAAACAAAACAAAAAACCCCCCUAAGAAAUAUUUAUUCCAAGUAGGAAGCAGAUGUGAGGUGGCUGGAAUCCAUUUACUCCUUGUAAAAUAGAACAAUAGGAUAAAUGAAGUUCAAAUCAGACGCUUCAGAUACGUGGACUCUAAAUGUAUUUUACAAUUGGUGUAUGAGCUGGCAGUCAAAAUGAUGACAUGGCAAGUAGUUUUUUUUAAUGUCGGAUUGACCACUCUAAAACCCGCAUCCCAAAACUUCAGCUUGAUCCUAUUGUUAAUUGACAAAGUGUGAAUGAAGAUCUAAGGCUAAACUGAAGUGACCUUGGCUGAAAUACUGUGGCUAUUUGUGUUUUUCUUCUUGUUAAAAAGUGUGUUUUCUUUUUCUUUUUUUGCCGGUCAUAUUAAUUGACCAAGACUAGUUUCAGUGCGGUGUGUCGACUACAUAACAAGACUGAUGGUGUCAAAGUCUACAUGGUAACUUGGCUGGCCAAGUUGCAUUUGCUAUUUAAGUAAUUUUUAAGACUUGGUGCCUUUUUGCUUUUUACUAGAGGUACAAAGACCAAGUUUUUUCCUAUCAAACAUUAACUUGUAUGACUUUUUUUUACAAGAGCUAUUUUUUCAUUAAUGCUUUAUAACUCUGAUUCCUAGGCUAAGCAACAGCAAGACUGGAGUAGAUCACAAUGGUAGAUCAGCGUUGCAGCCUCAAAUGCUGCAGUGAGAUUUGUAUGUUUUUAUAAUCAUUUCAUACUUCAGCAUGCAUAAGAUGGACGUAGACCAGGCAUGGGCAAAGCCUGGCCCGCAGGCCGGAUUGGACCUGCAGCGGACUCCAUUUCCCAGCAUCCCCUGCUUGUGUCGCUGCAGCCAGUUUCCAUGGAGACCCCAGCUGCAGUGAUGCCAGGCUGGGGUUUCCAUGGAGACCGGCUCCAGCAGCGCUGGCAGGGAGCUGCUCCGGGGCCGGGGCUGGGAUCUUGCAGCUCUGCCUCGGGUCUGGCCCAUGCUGUCAGCGCCGCAAGAUCCCAGCCCCAGUACAGCUCCCUGCCCAGUGCCAGCGCUGCUGGGAAACCGGCUGCAGCGACGUGGGCAGGGGCUGCCGGAAAAACAGAGUCUGCCACGGACCCAGCCUGGCCCGCAGGCCGGAUGUUGCUCACCCCUAACGUAGACUAACUGGAUAAGUUUGUCCCUCAAUACUUCAAGUGUCACAUGGUCAGCCCUUUUCUAGCAAAGUUUUAAGAUGUCUGGUUUUUAUUAACCGUGUAAAUUAUGGACUGUAAUCAAUUCUUGAUUAUUUAUGGGGAAGCUGCAAAUAGUAACAUUCAUACCAUAAGAAAUCUAACUGGUUUGGGAUUUACAUGUUAAGCAAGGUGGGGCUUCAUCUUUCAGUGCAAUAAUACCAAAGGAUAAAGCAUCUAAAUGCAAGUUUAGCAAAAGAAAAAUCCAGCAGUUGGGAACGGUUUAAAGGAAAAUGUCAGUGAAACGCACGGCUAUUUACAAAGAAGGGUGUCGUCGUUUUCCAUGGCUUACCUGACCCUAUACGUUCGACAUAUUGCAUAUGAUGCUCCUCACUACAUGAGUCGUCUCGUUAGCUUCAAAUUAUUCUGUCAUUAGCAUUUUAGCCUGUAACUCGCGAGCAGGCACCUGGCAUCCUGAUGUAGAACAAGACAAAAUUUGGCUUUUCUGGGGGAGAGGGUUGGGAAAUAGGAAACUUGAGGUUGUAAAGUAAGCGUGUGUGUGUGUAGGAGAUCUAACUGAUGUAGAACAAGACACAAUUUGUCUUUGUGGGGGGAAAUAGGAAAUCUGAGGUUGUAAAGUGUGUGUGUGUGCAUGAUCUGACUUCUGUUCACAAGGCAAGGUUAAUUUUUGCAACUUUCAAGUUUUUCUAUUUUCCAGCAGAGUCCUUUGUCCAUGCUCUGAGUCUGGGUCUCUUGCUCUGGGGCCUGGCUUGUAUCGCUGAAAUGAAAGCCUGGCGAAGGAGAUAAAGAGGCAUUGAGGUGCAUUUGUAGAACAAGCUGCUUUGACAAUCCAUUUUUAAGGUUGAAUAAGUACUUCGCUGUGGUGUGACAUCUGAUCCACGGCUGCUUUCCUUUAAUUUCCAGGGGGAAUCCCAUAGGAAGCAUCAAUUCACCAAGUGUACUUUUAGUUCCUAGUUAAAUUCUUUCCUAAUCUCACUACUUGAAGCUCUGUCUGGAGAGAAACUGAUUGUUAUACUAAUGCUGGCAUAUUUUGCUAUUGUAUUUGUCCUUACAGGGGGGGCGGGGGAUUUUUAUGUAUUUUUAAAAAAUUUCUCCCAUAUUACAUAUCAAUAAAGUGGUUUUUGUCUCCUUGUAA